ACGAAGCCAGUGCAGGAGAAAGAGGGCGGGGCUCUCCGACGCGCGCAUUCGCCUGACCCCACGCUACUGCGCGCGCCCGGCAGCUAGGCGCUGUGGUUUCUGGGUCUCCCCGGAAAUCGCUACACGAUCUCACAGAAAGCUCUCCUGCCGAUCUCAAGCGGAUCUUCGGUGGGUGGCGAAUGCGUGCCUGUGAUCUGCGGAGUCUGUAGAGGAGCGCAGGCCUGGUGCAAAGAGACUCAAGAGGCUUAAAGAACCCGCUUGGUUGUCUUCUAGAGUUCACAGUUACCAACGAAGAAAACUUGAAAAUGAGCAGCCGACGGAAACGUGCUCCUCCAGUGAGGGUAGAUGAGAAAAAGCAACAGCAGCUUCAUUGGAAUAUGCAUGAGGACAGAGGGAAUGAAAUUAUCACCUUAAGUGAUGAUGAUGAACAGCCCUACCCAGGUUCAGAUACCUCUUCUGCUCAUUGCAUCAUUCUGAGUGAUAGUCUAAAGGAAGAAGUGGCUCACAGAGAUAAGAAGAGGUGUUCAGAAGUGGUGAGCUUCUCAAAACCAAUUGAAAAAGAGACUGUUGGUAUUGUCUCACCUUUAUCUGUAAAGUUGAAUAUUGUGAUUUCUCCCUAUCACUUCGAUAAUUCCUGGAAAGCAUUUCUAGGAGAAUUAACUCUUCAGCUUCUUCCUGAACAGAGUUUAAUUGAAAAUUUUUCUGAAAGGAGCUUUACAUUGAUGAGUUCAGAGUCAAGCAAUCAGUUCCUGAUCUGUGUUCAUUCAAAAGGUGAAGAUGUAGAGAAACAAAAAAAAGAACCAAUGAGUAUUUGUGACAAGGGUAUUCUAGUGGAGUCAUCCUUCAGUGGUGAAAUGUUAGAAGAUUUGGCAUGGCUACAAAAGAAGAGAAGAAUAAAACUUUAUCAGAAACAAGAAGGAAAUCACAUUAUCAAGGUUGGAAUUUAUCUUUUGGAAGCUGGCCUAGCAAAACUAGACUUUCUGAGUGAUGCAAAUUCAAGAAUGAAAAAGUUCAAUCAGCUCAUGAAGAAAGUAAUGGAGAAGUUACACAAUUAUGUUAUUCCAGAUGUGUUGGAAGAGGAUGAAGAUGAUCCAGAGAGUGAGCCAGAGGGACAGGACAUUGACGAGCUAUAUCACUUUGUGAAACAAACACAUCAGCAAGAAGCACAGUCCAUCCAAGUGGAUGUCCAGCAUCCUGCAUUGAUCCCUGUAUUGAGACCCUACCAAAGAGAGGCUGUCAAUUGGAUGCUACAACAAGAGUGUUUCAGAAGCACUCCUGCUACUGAAAGUGUCCUGCACUACUUAUGGCGAGAGAUUGUCACAUCUGAGGGUUUGAAACUCUACUAUAAUCCUUAUACAGGCUGCAUCAUUCGUGAGUACCCAAAUUCUGGGCCUCAGUUACUUGGUGGAAUCUUAGCAGAUGAGAUGGGUCUUGGAAAGACAGUGGAGGUUUUGGCUCUGAUUCUGACACAUACUCGACAAGAUGUCAAACACGAUGCUCUCACUCUUCCUGAGGGAAAAGUGGUGAAUUAUUUUAUUCCAUCACAUUAUUUUGGAGGAAAAGCGAAAGAGACAGAAACCCAUAAUAUCGAAUUUGAACCAAAAGAAAAAGUUCAGUGCCCUCCUACACGUGUGAUGAUCCUGACAGCUGUGAAAGAACUGAAUGGAAAAAAAGGAGUGUCCAUCCUUUCCAUCUAUAAGUAUGUCAGUUCUAUAUACAGAUACGAUGUUCAGCGGAACAGGAGUCUUUUGAAACGGAUGCUGAAAUGUUUAAUUUUCGAAGGUCUUGUGAAACAGAUCAAAGGCCAUGGUUUCUCUGGGACUUUUACAUUGGGAAAGAAUUACAAGGAAGAGGAUAUAUGUGAUAAAACAAAAAAGCAGGCAUUAGGGAGUCCAAGGAAAACUCAGAAAGAAUCUAGAAAAUCAGGGAACAAGGACACAGAUUCUGAAUACUUGCCGUCAAACACCUCUGAUGAUGAUGAUGAUGAUGAUCCUUACUAUUAUUAUUAUAAGUCCCGGAGAAAUCGUAGUAAAUUGAGGAAAAAGCCUGUUCCAUCCACAAAAAAAGGAAAAAGUCAAUCUUUUACCAAUCCCAAUACACGAGGCCACUGUCCAGCUACUAGUGACUCUGGAAUAACUGAUGUUGCUAUGUCUAAAAGUACAUGUAUAUCUGAAUUCAACCAAGAACUUGAAACAGAGGACUGUGCCCAAUCUCUAAAUCCUGCUGAUAGCGAUGUGCCACUUUCUAAUAUCAUGAGUCCCUUUAACACCUCUGAUUAUCGCUUUGAGUGCAUAUGUGGUGAACUUGAUCAGAUAGAUCGUAAACCUCGUGUUCAGUGCCUGAAGUGUCACCUAUGGCAGCACGCAAAGUGUGUGAAUUAUGAUGAGAAAAAUCUGAAGAUCAAGCCUUUUUACUGCCCCCACUGCCUUGUUGCAAUGGAGCUGGUAUCAACAAGAGCAACUCUGAUCAUAUCCCCAAGUUCUAUCUGUCACCAGUGGGUAGAUGAGAUCAACAGGCAUGUGAGGUCAUCGUCUCUUCGAGUCUUGGUAUAUCAAGGAGUGAAGAAAGAUGGCUUUUUACAACCUCAUUUUUUGGCAGAACAGGAUAUAGUUAUCAUCACCUAUGAUGUACUUCGUUCAGAAUUAAAUUAUGUCGAUAUUCCACAUAGCAAUAGUGAGGAUGGACGUCGCCUACGGAACCAGAAGCGCUAUAUGGCCAUCCCAAGCCCCCUAGUAGCUGUGGAGUGGUGGAGGAUUUGCCUUGAUGAAGCUCAGAUGGUUGAAUGUCCUGCAGUAAAAGCUGCAGAAAUGGCCCAGCGUUUGAGUGGGAUUAAUCGGUGGUGUAUCAGUGGCACUCCAGUACAGAGAGGAUUAGAGGAUCUUUUUGGGUUAGUGGUCUUUCUUGGUAUUGAACCUUACUGUGUCAAACACUGGUGGGUUCGACUUCUCUAUCGGCCUUACUGCAAGAAGAAUCCUCAGCAUCUCUACAGCUUUAUUGCCAAGAUACUGUGGAGGUCGGCAAAGAAAGAUGUGAUUGACCAAAUCCAAAUACCACCACAAACUGAAGAAAUACACUGGCUUCACUUUUCUCCAGUAGAAAGGCAUUUCUAUCACCGUCAGCAUGAGGUGUGCUGCCAGGAUGCAGUGGUAAAACUCAGGAAGAUUUCUGACUGGGCUCUGAAGCUCAGCAGCCUGGACAGAAGAACCGUCACCUCUAUUCUGUAUCCAUUGCUGAGACUCAGACAGGCCUGCUGCCACCCACAGGCUGUUCGUGGGGAGUUCUUGCCACUUCAGAAAAGCACCAUGACAAUGGAAGAGCUGCUGACAUCUUUGCAGAAGAAAUGUGGGACUGAAUGUGAAGAAGCCCAUCGACAGCUAGUUUGUGCCCUCAAUGGCUUAGCAGGCAUUCAUAUUAUUAAAGGUGAGUAUGCCUUGGCAGCAGAGCUGUACAGAGAAGUGUUGCGCUCCUCAGAGGAACACAAAGGAAAGCUGAAAACUGAUUCACUUCAAAGACUUCAUGCCACCCAUAACUUGAUGGAAUUGUUGAUAGCCAAGCACCCAGGGAUACCUCCUACCUUGCGUGAUGGUCGACUUGAGGAAGAGGCCAAACAGCUGCGAGAGCACUAUAUGAGCAAGUGUAACACAGAAGUUGCUGAAGCCCAUCAAGCUUUAUAUCCUGUGCAGCAGACCAUCCAUGAGCUUCAAAGAAAGAUUCAUUCUAAUUCUCCUUGGUGGCUAAAUGUGAUCCACAGAGCAAUAGAAUUUACUAUUGAUGAGGAGCUUGUUCAGCGAGUGCGAAAUGAAAUAACCAGCAACUACAAGCAGCAAACUAGCAAGCUUUCUAUGUCAGAGAAAUUCCAUGAUUGCAGAGGUCUUCAGUUCCUACUUACAACACAAAUGGAAGAGCUAAAUAAAUGCCAGAAGCUAGUAAGAGAUGCUGUAAAAAACCUGGAGGGACCUCCAUCUCGUAAUGUUAUUGAGUCUGCAACAAUCUGCCACCUCCGACCAGCCAGGCUUCCUCUCAAUUGCUGUGUCUUUUGUAAAGCUGAUGAAUUGUUCACAGAGUAUGAAUCAAAGCUAUUUUCCAACACAGUCAAAGGACAGACUGCAAUAUUUGAGGAGAUGAUAGAAGAUGAAGAAGGACUGGUGGAUGAUCGAGUACCUACCACGACCCGGGGGCUCUGGGCAAUAAGUGAGACAGAGCGAUCUAUGAAAGCAAUACUAUCAUUUGCAAAGUCACAUAGAUUUGAUGUUGAAUUUGUUGAUGAAGGCAGCACUUCAAUGGAUCUCUUUGAAGCAUGGAAGAAAGAAUAUAAGUUGCUUCAUGAAUAUUGGAUGGCUCUGAGGAAUCGUGUGUCUGCUGUUGAUGAACUUGCAAUGGCUACAGAACGACUAAGAGUGCGUGAUCCUAGGGAGCCAAAGCCUAAUCCGCCAGUUCUUCAUAUCAUUGAACCACAUGAGGUAGAACAAAAUCGAAUAAAACUACUAAAUGAUAAAGCCGUUGCUACAUCACAGCUUCAGAAAAAACUUGGGCAGCUUCUUUACCUAACUAAUUUGGAGAAGUCUCAAGACAAAACAUCAGAAGGUAUUAAUCCAGAACCUUGUCCAAUCUGUGCUCGACAGCUGGGAAAACAGUGGGCAGUACUGACCUGUGGUCACUGUUUCUGUAAUGAAUGCAUUUCUAUAAUUGUUGAACAAUACAGCGUGGGAUCUCACAGAAGCUCCAUUAAGUGUGCAAUCUGCCGCCAGACCACAUCUCACAAAGAAAUAUCAUAUGUCUUCACCUCAGAGAAAGCAAGCCAGGAAGAGGACAUCCCUGUGAAGGGCAGCCAUUCUACAAAAGUGGAAGCUGUGGUCAGAACUCUGAUGAAAAUACAGCUUAGAGAUCCAGGGGCUAAAGCACUCGUUUUCUCAACGUGGCAAGAUGUAUUAGACAUUAUUUCAAAAGCUCUCACUGACAACAACAUGGAAUUUGCACAGAUCAGUCGUGUUAAGACAUUUCAGGAGAACCUUUCAGCAUUUAAACGUGAUCCCCAAAUCAAUAUUUUGCUGCUGCCCCUGCACACAGGUUCUAAUGGAUUAACUAUCAUUGAAGCAACUCAUGUUCUCUUGGUGGAGCCCAUAUUGAACCCUGCCCAUGAGCUUCAGGCCAUAGGGAGGGUGCACCGAAUUGGACAGACAAAACCUACUAUUGUACACAGAUUCUUAAUUAAAGCAACAAUAGAAGAAAGAAUGCAGGCAAUGCUGAAAACUGCUGAGAGGAGUCACACAAAUUCAUCAGUGAAGCAUUCAGAGGCCUCCGUCUUGACCGUGGCUGACCUGGCAGACCUAUUUACCAAAGAAACUGAAGAGCUUGAAUGAACUACACUUUAUUCAUUCCAUCGACUGUAAUGUAUUAAUAAACUUUCAUAGCUGUAGCGCAAAGUUACGAGGUGAAAAAACCCAGUAGUUAUCAGCUAACAUUGUUCCUAGUUGAGUGCGUUCGUUUCUUGUUCUGGUUAUACAGUGGCCUGGUACUUAUUGAGCCCUUUUCAAUAUCUGUUUUCAAAAGCUCUAUAAAGAUUUUUAAUUUUACACUCCUAAUAAAACAUUUAUUUUUUGGUCCCAAAUAAUAUCUGUAUCUGAUGAUACAAGGGAAUUAAGAGAGGUAAUGUGUACUUUUCUUAUGGUAAGAUCAGUCAUAAAAAGAGUUAGAAUAAGAAAGUAAACUAGUCUAGUUUUAUAUGACCUGGUAUUUCAGCCAACAUAGAUCUCAGUUUGGGAAGGGCCUUCGGUAUCUUUAGCACAUGAUUCACAAGUAUCUUAUUAGUAAUGUUUUAAGUAGAUGGUGAAUUAAAUUAACUUGUCAUUUUGAGUAGGUUUAUACCAUAACUUCAUACUUAGUAAUUCUGCAGUAAUACAACUCCUUACAAUAAGUUAUGUUAGACAGUUAUUUCUUUCCUCUGCAUCUUGCUACUAAAAAUUAAAACACUGAAAGUAUUCAUAUUUCUAUUAUGUGUAAAGUGGUGUCAGUGUAAACAGUUAACUCCAAAUAGAUUUUUUAAAUGUAUUAAUGGUUACCUUAAAAUUAUCUGCUUUCUCUACUCUUAAUUUUUGUACUAUUAAAAAUUUUUUUAUGUUGUAAGAUUGAUGUAUCUGUAUAUAUUGCAGUUUUUAUGACUGUCUUAUCAUAACAUGGAAAUGUGACACACUUUUUUUUUAAAUCAUUAUUAUGCUGAUGUCUUGAAUUCUUUUCUUUCCCAUGUUCUUCUGUAACUAGACUUUUUAGCCACUGAUAUCUGAAUUCAUGGUAUAGUUGUCAUUUUAUUUCAGUUGUUCCUCCCUUAAGCAUGAGUCUUUGACUUUUUGAACAACAGAAUGCCAUGUUCACAUAGCGAAUUGUUGCAGGUGAUAAUAACCAAGUGUUUCUUCUUCUGUGAAGAAUUAAUGGACUUUGAAAUUGCUGAAUAAGGAGUAGCUUGUUUAAUCCUAGCCAUUUGAUGUAAUAUAAAUGUUCUUGUUUGGCUUCCUUUUCUUUGAGCCUUCAGAGUUUUAAAGGGCCCUCUUUGACCCUCAGGACUUACUAAAUCCUAGUUAGCUGCCUGGAGAACUCAUAGAACCAUCCCCUGUAUCCCAUGUGUCUGAGAGGCUUUGGUGCUCAGUUAAGGUGCAUUUUCUUACUCUAGGUUUAUAGAGUGACAUAAUUCAGCUGAAGAAAACACACACAUGCUUUUGGUGCUUAUUCUUCAGUUAAAGGGAGGUAUGCAUUGAUUCUUUUAUAUGAAAUUAAACUGUUAUUUUUAUAGCUCUUCACAUAUUAAAAAGAGCUUUCCUAUACAUUUACAUGUUUAGUUUGCCCAACAAUCGUGUGAAGUUGUUAUAAUGAAUAUCAUUCCUGUCUUCAAGGUAUAGAGAACUGAAGUUCAGAAACUUUCUUAGGACAUGUAGCAAGUAAACAGUGGAGCCUAGGUCCCCUGACUCCAUAUCUUACAUUCUUUUACUAAUAACAUGUCAUGCUGAGAUUCAGAAGGCCCAUGCUUAUAAUUUCAUAAUGAGACUAUUCCAGUAUUUGUGUUUGUUUUCUAGUAUUCCUUUCUGAGCUAUGUUUUAGAGAAAACAAUUUGAUAUGCUUCGAUUUUGUAAAAAAAAAAAAAAAAUUAUAUAUAUAAAAUUAUCUAUUAGACAAAAACUGUUCUUAUUUAUUUCUGUAAGAUAUCAAUUAAAUAAAUAUUUUAGUGGAAA